AUGUUUACUUUGUGCCCUGUCCACGGCAUCGUUGGGAUUGGUUAACGUGUGGAUUUGGCACUUAUGGAAGAACAAACCCUGGGAGGGAAAAAUUUCCUUUUCGUACUGAUCUCAAUCGGUAUGCGACAACAGGCUAUUCCUCUACUGCGCCGCGGGACAUCGGCGACGGUAACGAUGAGUCAGUAUCAGGCAUCCUGUCUUCUGGCUAACGCGUUUUUAUGCACCUUCCCAACUUUGUUACUGCUCACCAACCCUUCGAAUCACGUCCGGUUUCCUGAAAUCAAUUUCUACCGAUUUUUUGAAUACAACAGGAUCUGUUUCCAAAAGCUUCGUUGUAUUUUUCACUAUUUCGAAAGAGUACUGGUCAAAAAGCCGUCUGGAGUUAUUUCUUUCAGCCGUCAGGCCGUCACAGAUAUCCCUCGUUGGGCUAGGUCUGAUAAACGCCUCCGGGCCCUUCACGUCACGUCUCGCGAAACGAUAGAAGACUACGGCGUCGGCUUUGCACAGGUAGAUUUCGCGAACGCGUGUAUCGGCGGUGGCGUGUUAGAUCUUGGCUGUGUUCAGGAAGAGAUCCGUUUUUUGAUUUGCCCUGAGCUGAUUGUCUCAAGACUCUUCACAGAAUGCCUGCAGGAAAACGAAUGUCUUAUCAUUUCAGGGUUCGAACGUUUCAGCUAUUACGCGGGAUAUGCGAACACCUUUAAGUGGUUAGCGCCAUACUAUGAUGAUACUCCGAGGGACAAAUUCCAUAGACGUGCCGUAGAGUUGAUAGCCAUCGACGCAAAAUACUAUCGUCGUUUUCAAGACCAGUUCAAGCCAAAAUGGAUUUUGCGGGAUCUCAACAAGGCUUAUGCGGGUUUCUUCCUUAACUCAGAAACCGUGCCUGCCGUUGUAACCGGAAAUUGGGGCUGUGGUGUCUACCACGGUUGCUGCCAGCUGAAAAGUAACUUGUAA